CACGUCAUCGCGGGCGCGACGCCCCGAGGGCCAGCUUGGGCUUUGGUCUGGCGGGGCGGUGGCGGCGAGAGCGGCCGGGAAGAUGCCAGUGGCGGUGAUGGCGGACAGCGCCUUCAGUUUCAGAAAGCUGCUGGAUCAGUGCGAGAACCAGGAGCUCGAGGCUCCUGGAGGAAUUGCCACACCACCAGUGUAUGGUCAACUUUUAGCUUUGUAUUUGCUCCAGAAUGACAUGAAUAAUGCAAGAUAUCUUUGGAAGAGGAUACCACCUGCUAUAAAGUCUGCAAAUUCUGAACUUGGGGGGAUUUGGUCAGUUGGACAGCGAAUCUGGCAGAGAGAUUUCCCUGGGAUCUAUACCACCAUCAACGCCCACCAGUGGUCAGAGACUGUGCAGCCAAUCAUGGAAGCCCUUAGAGAUGCAACGAGGAGACGCGCCUUCGCCCUGGUCUCUCAAGCCUACACCUCCAUAGUCGCCGAUGACUUCGCAGCCUUUGUCGGGCUUCCUGUGGAGGAAGCGGUGAAAGGUGUGUUGGAACAAGGAUGGCAAGCCGACUCUGCCACAAGAAUGGUUCUUCCCAGGAAGCCAGCCUCAGGAGCCCUGGACGGUUCCUUGAACCGGUUUAUUCCCCUGUCAGAGCCUGCCCCAGUUCCGCCAAUCCCCAACGAGCAGCAGCUCGCCAGGCUGACCGACUACGUGGCUUUCCUGGAAAACUGAUAGAUCACUCGGAGUUCAAGGUCCACCUUCAGACCCUGUCACUGGCAAACAGAUGUGGAGUUUUAUUCUGAGUUCACUGAACAGGGUGAGCACCUCGAUGUCCUUUGGGUGUGAUAAAAUGCACAUAGAAGAAGAAGAAGCGGAUUGUAGUGUCCUCCUCAGACACUGCUGACUGUCCUGGGAGCAGUCCUCAUUUGGUUGGAGUCAUCAGUAUUAUGCAGCCAGCCUCGAUGACUGGACUCGGAACACAAGCUGUCCUGCUUCAAGUAGCAGAGGGCGCUGUGGCACACACCACACUCUUGGAUACCACUGGCCUCUAGCUGUAGUGAUGUGCUUGGGGUUUGAGGAGGACUGUCCCCAGGCAGUGCCUAACCCACAUUGUCACUCGCACUCCGGAGAAUGUGCUCUUUCUUCCCACCCCAGAACAAGGAAUCACUGAUGUAGACUCAAAGAGCUGAGGGUGGUGAGACCAUCUCCUGGUGAGGAGCUCGUCGAUGCCACAUUUUUUUUCCCAGUAUGUGCAAGCAUCCAUUGCAUGAGGUGGAUGGUGGACAGUGAGAUGGCAGCAUUUGUGUUCCUGUGAAACUCAAGUGCUGACGUCUCCUUUCGGAAGAGGGGAGGGGCCUGGGUGCUGUGUGCUGAGGGAAGCUCCCGAGCCGGGGACAGCCCAGGCCGCCCCCCUGCUGCCAGUCCCCAUCCUGUGUAGAGAUGCUGGCUGCCUCUGUGUUGUUCCUGUGUGACAGCCCAUGAUGAUUUGAGGUGGUUGAUACAGCCCUGGUUCCUUUAGUCUGCAUUUGUUCAAUAAAUAUUUAAUUGAAUUCUUAAAA